GAAGCUUUCACCACCAGUGUUGGUACUGUGAGCUGCCUCUAAAUUCACGGCAAACGUUUAUCUGAACGUGACGUUUACGGACAGAUUGUAUUACGGUGAAACAGUGACUACCCGUUGAAAUAUGAUGGAACCCCUGACGAAGGAACAAGUCAUCAAUUUGAGAAAAAAACAUUACGGGAAAUCAUGCAAGCUCUUCUACAAAUCUGACCCCAUCAAGAUAGUACGAGCACAGGGUCAAUAUAUGUAUGAUGAAAAAAACAACAGAUAUCUAGAUUGCAUCAACAAUGUGGCACAUGUUGGUCAUUGUCAUCCUGAUGUAGUGAAGGCAGGUGUGGAACAGAUGAAAGUACUCAACACAAACUCCCGUUUUCUCCAUGAUAAUUUGGCUAUGUAUGCAGACAAAUUAUGCUCGCUUUUUCCAUCAAAGCUGUCUGUCUGUUAUUUUACAAAUUCAGGAUCUGAGGCAAAUGAUUUAGCUAUAAGAUUAGCAAGACAACAUACUAAACAUCAUGAUGUUGUAACAGUUGAUCAUGCAUAUCAUGGUCACUUGACUACGCUGAUUGAUAUCAGUCCAUAUAAGUUCAAUGCUCAUGGAGGAGAGGGCAAAAAGGACUGGGUUCAUGUGGCACCAAGUCCAGAUGUAUAUCGUGGUAUGUACAGAGAUGAUAAGAAUGCCGGUGAGAAAUACGCACUAGAGGUCAAAAAGAUUAUAGAUGAGGCACAUAAAAAUGGACGAAAGGUCAGUAAACAUGUAUUCAUAAUUCAUGGUUCUUAG